CUCUUUAUUUUAUUGUGUCAUUGACUUUAGUUCUAUACAGACUACAGUCUUGCGUUUCUGUAUUUUAACAAAAUCAGAAAUCCGAAAUCUAAUUCUAUUAAGUGUUACAAUUUUUCGCAGAUAUAAGAAAUAAGCUCAAGCUUUACAGAGUCAAUAAAACAGGACUAUGAAUUUUAUUGGAAGUGAAGUGAAUUAUUAACUUUUUAUUAAAAAGGAAAUUUCCUAACUGGUAAAGUCAGUGAUGUGUUAAUCUAAUCAGGACAGGUGAUUAAGCAAGAAUGUCACGCCUUGAUAACAUCGAUGCACUUGAAAAACAAUUAGCUGAUUUGCAAAUGACGAAUAAGGAAUUUAGUAAUAAAGGCAAGAAAAUCCCACCAGUUGUGCCGCCAAAAAAGAAAGCUCAACCUCAAGUCCCUCGUAGUGCCGUUGUUAGCACUCUAUGUGGGCCAUCAUAUUCGACUAAAAUAUCACCAGUACUAAACAACAAUGCUGCUACUCAAAAUCAAAGUCUCAGCAAUGUGCAUUUGACAGCAGCCGAUUAUGCUAAUGUAAGCCAUUCGAAUGUGCCCGGUGUCUCCUUCAGUCAUAAUACACCGAAAGCUUAUAACUCGACAUACAGUAACCUGCCACCAUACCGGAAUAAUAAUGACAGCCUGCCACCGCCGCCACCUCCACCACCACUUAACAUUCCGGCAUCCAAGUCGUAUGACAACAAUCAAGGCCAUGAAGAAUAUUUGCCUCCUCCCUCUCCGGUAAGCUCCAACUAUAGUGAAUUAGUUCGGGCUACAACAAAUUUAAAUUAUAACCAGGAUAGGCAAAAUUACCCGCCUAUUUACCAAAAUGAAUUUAGUGACUAUGGUGCGUCACAAGGAUCUACUUAUGAGUACGCCAUAUAUGAACCUAUUAAUCCACGUCCACAGAGCAGUCUCUCUGGACAGAACACGUUCCAUAACUACCGGAAUAAUACACCAACUCCUGGAAAGUCUCCACUACCCAAGGAAGAGGAAGUAGACGCUCUGACGAAUAUGUUAGUACAGUCUAUAUCCGACAGUCAGGAUUUAGAUGUUUUUGGUAUCUGUGUAAAAUGCGACGGUAAAGUAAUCGGUGAGAGUUCAGGGUGCACAGCAAUGGGUAAUAUGUAUCACGUUCAGUGUUUUAGUUGCUAUCGUUGCAAUACGAAUCUACAAGGAAAACCUUUCUAUGCCGUCGAAGGUCAUCCUUUCUGCGAAACGGAUUAUUAUGAAACUCUGGAAAAAUGUUCCGUGUGUACCAAACCAAUCCUAGACAGGAUUUUAAGAGCAACAGGCAAGCCCUAUCAUCCCACUUGCUUUACAUGUGUAGUAUGUGGGAAGAGUCUUGAUGGCAUUCCAUUUACUGUUGAUGCGAUGAAUCAAAUUCAUUGCAUUGAAGAUUUUCAUAAAAAAUUUGCACCUCGGUGCUGUGUUUGCGAACUACCAAUAAUGCCCGAAGAAGGACAAGAGGAAACUGUUCGUGUUGUUGCACUUGAUCGCAGUUUUCAUGUUCGAUGCUACCGAUGUGAAGAUUGUGGGCUUUUAUUGUCUUCAGAAGCUGAAGGACGUGGGUGCUAUCCACUUGAUGAUCAUAUCCUUUGUAAAAACUGCAAUGCUCACCGUAUACGCAUGCUUACGGUUCCAGUUAUGACGACCGACCUAUAAAGCUGGACUAGCUGGAGGGAACUAUGAAUGAUUUGUUGUCAUACUCUUAUGAAAAAAAAUUUAGAUAAGAUGCUUAAUUUAUUAUCAGAGAUUGGACGCAUUUGCGACAUUCUUAGUGACUUACGUCAUUUUAAUGACUUUUAGUAUGAGAUGACGCACAAAAAUCCGAUCUCUGUUUAUUAUAGAGGUACGCGUUAUUUAUCAAAUAUGUUUGUUUUAUGUAUAUUGCAUAAAUCCGUUAUUUUUGACAGCUAAGUUUCGUUUAAAAGGUAUUUUUAUUAUAUUAAAGUACAUAUUUAUUUUGUCUAAGUUUGUUAUUUCAGGGCUAAUAUUUUGUUUAUAUAAUAAAUUUAAGCUUACGGCUCACUGUUUGUACAUCCAUGUCAACAUAAAACAGACAUCUAGCUAAGUCCUCAGAGUAGUUUUUCUACUUCUCAAUUUCUAAGCUUAAUUUAGUAGCAUAGUUCGCAGACGUUUCUGCUUGUUAACAAUUUAACUGACAAUAUUAGGUUUUAAUACCAAUGUAAAUUUUAACAUAGUGUCCUAGAAAUAUAUAAAUAACAUACCUAUAUUAUAUAUUUCCCUGACAGUUCAGUAAUCUACAUACUUAACCACACAUGAUUGGUCAGAUAGAUAUCAAAUGAGAUACUCCAUAAUAGAUUACAUUCUUAAGGUCAUGUCAUGUAAGAGUAUUUCUAAUGAUUAUUUCAUCAUUUUCGUCUAAUAGGUUUAAGGACAUGUGAUAUUGGCUGCUAGUGUCAUAGAUUAAAAUAAUUAUUUAUUAUUAUUAGCAUUUAAUGCGUUAUGAAAUAAUGCCAUUCAAAUCCAUUAAACAUGUAAUAAAUUUUAUAUUUCC